CCCGUUCAUUCUCCAACAAGUGAAGUGAGAGAUUGCCCUUCGGCUCACCUUUCUCUCUAUCUGUUUCACUGUUUCCUCUCUCUCUCUCUCUCUCUCUCUCACACACACACACACACACACUUUCCUUCUACUUGUACACUCCUAGCACAGAAAUUACUGCCCUUUUUCCAUUUUGGAUGAACCAGUACAACCCUCCGAGGAGGAGGACCCUUUGAAAUCUCUCGAUUGGAUUGGAUUGGAUUGGAUUGGAUUCGAUUCCCUCCUGCUAUAGCUAUACAUUAUUAAUAACAACAACAACAAAAUGGCAGAAGGCAGCAAGUUAUUAGGUGUGGCGGCGUUGGCGUUAGUGGUGUGGAGCUGGUCGGCAAUUGUGGCGGAAUCAGGAUUGGGUGUGAACUGGGGGACGGUGUCCCUCCACAAGCUGUCUCCAUCGACGGUGGUGGAUCUCCUCAAAUUCAACAACAUCCAGAAAGUGAAGCUCUUCGAUGCCGACCCUGAUGUUCUCAAAUCUCUCAUGGGUACUGGGAUUCAACUCAUGGUUGGGAUUCCCAAUGAGAUGUUGUCUCUCCUCAGCUCCUCCACUGUUGCUUCUGAUCUGUGGGUCCGCCAGAAUGUUUCCAGAUAUAUCGUUAAAGGUGGUGUUGAUAUCAGGUAUGUUGCAGUAGGAAACGAGCCCUUCCUUGCAAGUUAUUCGGGUGAAUUUCAGUCAUAUGUUGUCCCGGCUCUGAUGAAUCUGCAACAGUCCUUGGCCAAAGCAAAUCUGGCAGGCGUUGUAAAGCUAGUAGUCCCCUGUAACGCCGAUGCAUAUGAGUCUUCCCUACCUUCUCAAGGAGCCUUCCGGCCUGAACUGACCCAAAUUAUGACCCAAAUCGUUUCAUUCCUCAACUCUAAUGGUUCCCCUUUUGUAGUCAAUAUCUACCCAUUUCUAAGCUUGUAUGGAAACUCAGAUUUUCCACAAGACUACGCAUUCUUUGAAGGGACUAACCACGCUGUGACAGAUGGACCAAACGUUUAUUACAAUGCAUUUGAUGGAAAUUUUGACACAUUAGUUGCUGCCCUUAGCAAAAUCGGGUAUGGUCAGAUGCCUAUUAUUAUAGGGGAGGUGGGUUGGCCUACAGAUGGAGCCGUCAGUGCAAAUCUUACCGCUGCAAGGGCUUUCAAUCAAGGCCUCAUAAAUCACAUUCUGAGUAACAAAGGAACUCCUCUGAGGCCAGAUGUUCCUCCAAUCGAUAUAUAUCUUUUCAGUCUUCUAGAUGAAGGGGCAAAGAGUAUAAUGCCAGGGAACUUCGAGAGACACUGGGGCAUUUUCUCCUUUGAUGGCCAGGCAAAGUACCCAUUAAACCUUGGUUUAGGACAUCGGUUGUUGAAGAAUGCAAAGGAUGUUCAGUAUCUCCCAUCAAGGUGGUGUGUAGCAAACCCUUCCAGGGAUCUAUCUGGCGUGGCAAACCACAUUAGAAUUGCUUGCAGUGUUGCAGAUUGCACGACACUCAACUAUGGAGGAUCGUGCAAUGCCAUUGGAGCAAAGGGUAAUAUUUCAUAUGCGUUCAACAGUUACUAUCAGCUGCAAAAACAGGACUCGAAGAGCUGUGAUUUUGAUGGGCUUGGGAUGAUCACUUUCCUAGAUCCUUCAAUUGGUCAUUGUAGAUUUCUUGUUGGCGUCACUGGUAGUAAUUCUUCAAGUUUUAAUUUGCAUAGUAAGUGGGUCAUUGUUUGGCUUUGGAUUUUAUGGGGGUUCUGGAUUUUUGUCAUUUGAAAAGUGGUUUCACAAGUGCUGUUUCCAUGGGCCCCUCUUCUGAAACUCUCAGUGAUUACAAAGCAGAAAAAGUAUACUAUAGUCCGUAGCUAUUAUGUUGAAAGUUACAUAGGUUAUUUUAUUGUAGCCGAGUCCCUUGGCUUUGACAAUGAGAUGAACAUCUUAUGUUCUAAAUUAUACAUUUGAUAAUAUACAUUUACAGUGAUUAGUGCUCUUUAGACCA